AUGCAACUAGCGUUACUGGACUUUGAAGCCGCGUUCGACUCUCCUCACCGAGGCCGUCUUCUCAACGUGCUCCGCGCCGAUGGAGUACCAGGAAAGUUCGUUCGCUUGCUUGAUUACAUGAAUCAACGAACAAUUGCUGCAGUUCGAACACCAGCCGGAUGUACAACACCCUUUGAAGUGGUAACUGGAGUAAGACAAGGAGCAGUGGCAGAACCCUUCCUGUUUAAUUUCGCCAUUGACGACAUUAUGCGAAGAACAGUCGACCAGUGUCCUGCCAACAUUGUCUUAGCACCAUCAGGGUGCCUCUUGACUGAUCUAGAGUACGUCGACGAUGUUGUUAUAUUCACGGAAAGCAGUACGAAACUUCAACAUGUUGUCAACCUUGUAUCGAAGCUGGCUGCAUCCUAUGGACUACGUCUAUGCCCUGAUAAAUGCAAACAGAUGGGGAUCUCUUCGAGACCUCGAACGGGAAUCAGGGUGGACGGACAACCGAUAGAACUUGUCGAUGAGUUCUGUUACCUGGGUUGUACGCUGAAGAACAACGGCAGCUACGAGAUCUUCUUCAGCAAUGGUGCACUAAGGCCACUUCUGCACUUAACUCCUUAA